CCCCCCCGACAAGAGAGCUGAUGGACACGAUGGACGACGACAAGGAGGAGGGGGCGGCAGGCGUGGGUCCUCGGCGGGGCUCACGCGCCUCCACAGCCGCUCCAUGACCUCCUCCCCCAGGCCCUUCAUGAUCAUGCGCUCCCAAAUCAACCGCCGCGUCCAACUCAACGUAGGCGGCGUGCGGCACGAGGUGCUUUGGCGCACGCUGGAGCGUCUGCACACCCGCCUUGGCCGCUUGCGGGAGUGUAACACACAUGAGGCCAUCAUGGAGAUCUGCGACGACUACUCGCUCAUCGACAACGAAUAUUUCUUUGACCGGCACCCGCGAUCAUUCUCCUCCAUCCUCAACUUUUACCGCACGGGGAAGCUUCACCUGGUGGAGGAGAUGUGCGUCCUCGCCUUCUCUGACGACCUCGAGUACUGGGGCAUCGACGAGCUGUACCUCGAGUCUUGCUGUCAGCACAAAUACCACCAGCGCAAGGAACACGUCCACGAGGAGAUGCGUAAGGAGGCAGAGUCCCUUAGGCAGCGGGAGGAGGAGGACUUCGGAGACGGGUGGUGCGCGCCCUACCAGAAGUUCCUGUGGGAUCUACUAGAGAAGCCACAGACGUCCCUCGCUGCCCGGGUGCUGGCUGUGAUCUCCGUGAUCUUCAUCGUCAUGUCGACGCUUGCGCUCGUGCUCAACACAGUGCCGAGCUUUCAGGGUCCCGAGCAAGGAGACAAUGAGAAACUGGCCAUGGUGGAAGCAGUGUGCAUCACCUGGUUCACGCUCGAGUACGUCCUGCGGUUCGCCGCAAGCCCCAACAAGUGGAAAUUCUUUAAAGGCGCAAUGAACGUUAUAGACUUACUCGCCAUUCUACCCUACUUUGUUUCCUUGUUCCUUAUAGAGUCAAACAAACACACAGACCAAUUCCAGGACGUGAGAAGGAUCGUUCAGAUCUUCAGAAUUAUGAGAAUUCUCAGAAUUCUAAAGCUUGCCCGACACUCGACGGGUCUUCAAAGUUUGGGUUUUACUCUGAAAAAUUCAUAUAAAGAGUUAGGUUUGUUGAUGUUGUUUUUAGCCAUGGGCGUGUUAAUCUUUUCGAGCCUCUGCUAUUUUGCGGAAAAAGACGAAAAUCCUGUGUACAAAAGUAUACCCGAGACUUUCUGGUGGGCGGGCAUCACCAUGACAACGGUGGACGGAGACAUGUACCCCAUCACUCCUCUGGGCAAGGUGAUUGGAUCCGUGUGUUGUAUCUGUGGUGUGCUGGUCAUUGCGCUGCCCAUCCCCAUCAUCGUCAACAACUUCGCCGAGUUCUACAAGAACCAGAUGCGACGCGAGAAGGCCCUCAAGCGCCGUGAGGCCCUCGAGAGAGCCAAGAGAGAAGGCUCUAUAGUCUCCUUCCACCACGUCAACCUUCGCGACGCCUUCGCCAAGUCCAUGGACCUGAUAGACGUCAUCGUGGACACAGAUGGAUUAGUUGCUCAUGAUGUCCCAAAAAUAGUUGCAUCCGGUCACAACAUGUCCCAGGCAGAUGCCAACUCGGUGGCUGGGGAGUCGAUGCGUGCCGGACAAACAGGCACGGGUUGCUACAAGAACCACGAACAUCACAUGGGUCGCCUGCAGAAGGAGGCGCAGCAGGGCGAGGGUGGUGAGCCGGGGGUGAUCACUAACGCCCCCGCGCCCAACAUACUCGACCUCCCGGCCACCGAGGAACAGCGACCACCAGCCUCACCAGACUACCAGACUCCGGAGUUGAAGAGAAAGGAACGACAGCUUCUAACUCUUGGGGACACAGUCAAUGAGCUUGAUUGUUGUUUUUGCUCCACUAAGGACGCAGCAGCUCCCCCGGCCACCAGACACGUCGGCAACAACAAUGAGGCGGAGGGUCCCAGUAGCCGCUACCUUGCCUCCGAGUCACAGCCCAGUAUAUUUAACCAGGACUACAAGGAGUUCAUAGACGCGGAAUGCCUGGUGCCGGCGCCGGUGACGGAGGCGCCCUUCCCCAUAGAGCUGCGGCCGCUCAAGACCCAGGACGGGUCCAGGAAUGGUGGGGGCGCGGGGCACGACCUCGCCUCCAUGGACUCUACCGACACCUUCGCUUCUUGCCCCACCCACCCCUUCAACUCCCAGGCCGACCUCACCGACGACCAGCCUAACAACAAAGAUUCCAACCUUUAUGUGAAUCCCCUCGACGCGGACGGCUACCAGUCCCCAACUACAGCAACCGCUAGCGCGGCUGCAACGCCCCGCACACCCACUCCACGGUCGUCGCCGCGCCACAGGCCAAUACACCGCCCUCAGGGCUACACCACAGACUCCUUUGACGACACGCGGAGCACCGACAACCUCCUGGGCAGCAGCCGCUCUUCUCUGCAGGACUCCCCACUGCCCAAGCACCGCCGCGCGCGCUUCCAGGAGGAGAAGCCGAGACCGUUCAGCCGGCUACUGGAGUCCGUGGAGAGAGCGCGGGCAGCGAGGGAAGGCUCAGCCGCAGACAAGCCCAACAAGAUCACCAAUAGAGGUCGCAGCGGUAGCAAAUCAUCGCUAGGCGGAGACUCGCUGGACUCGAAGCGGUCACAUGGCUCUCCGGAGCGGCGGAAGUCCAUCCUGAAGCACCGAGACCCAGAGACCGAGCAGCUGCUGCCGGACCUCACCUACGACCCGCCGCCUGGCGACCACGAGAAGCUGGGCAGACCCACUCUUAAGGGCAUCGGGCCGAGGGCGGGCGGGAAGCCUCACGCCCUCCCCGUCAAGUUCGUGGGCGUGGACGAAGAGGAGGACAGCAACCGCCCGCGCCGCAUCCUGCCCCGUUCUCCCAUGCCGAGGAGACAUCCACAGAGAGCACCGCUUGCGGACCUAUUCGCGGAUUUUGCGGGGCAGGAGAAGGCGGCGCGGGAUGAGGCGACCCCCGAAAAUAUCUUAAAAGAUUCACUCGAGUUCAAUCUGGUCUCGACGGCGGCGAGCCUUGAUCAGCGUAACGCCAACACGGUGCUGCGCUGCUCUAAGGCGCCAUGUUUGUAUAACCAGCCUGCCUCCACCUCGCCCAUGGCCAUGUCCCCUGACGAGGUGGGCGAGCCGCUGCUCUGCCUGUGUGGUGCACCCAUGACCCCGGUGGCAGCCACGCCCUCGCCCACCAUCAUCACGCCCACCAGCGCCCUCUCCAAUGCCCGCCCAGUCACGGAGAACUGCCUCCUCACCGAUGACCUCAACAAUGGCCCCGCCACUCUGCGAGACAUCGAUGACUUGCUGUUCGCCGACCACACGCCCACUGAGGAGACCCACCUCCUCGACCGUUCUCUCUCCAUCCCACACAACAACUCCGGCCUUAACAGCUAACCCGUUGUGGUACGCUCGUCCAAAUACAGUCUUCAUACACGCCUCUGGCAGGAGACCUUAGGCGCCAGCUAAACACCUCCGCCUCUUCCUUCUCUUCUUCCUCUUUCUCUUCCUUCCUCCCCUGGUCCUCCUCUACCCUCACUCGUAGUGUCGUCUUAGACUUCGAGAAUUUGUUAUAUAUGAUCAUGGAAAGGGAGAGAGAGUGGCUAGCUAGUAUGGAAAGACAGAGAUGGUGCUAAGAUAAUCUGGUGAUCUGGAGAGAUGCAGAGAGAGAGAGAGAGUGGGAAGUUGUUAUGGCAGACCAGAGAGAGUGGCAAGUUAAUAAGGUAAGGGACACAGAGAUUGUAUGGUAAACUUGGAGAGUGGCAAGUUAGUUUGGGAACUAAAGAGAGUACAAGUCAGUAUCGCAAGUUUGCAUGGCAACCUAAAAAGUAUAGGAAUAUAUUGAACCGGUGGAGUAGCAAGUUAUUUGGCAACGAAAGAAGUAUGUGAGACGAAAGCUUUUGGCAACCUUGACAGGGUGGCAACCAUAGUGUGUGACAGAGAAUGGCAGAAUACAGGAUGGCAAAGACAUCAUGACAUGAUAUAAAAGUAUAGUUUGGCGUAGUGUAACAAUUUGGAAUAGUGUGGUGAGCCAGAGUCAAUGGCAAAACGGUGAAUAUGGCAAGUCCUACGAGUAUGGCAGAUUAGAGAAUAGUAUUGUACUCCAGAAAGCGUGGCAUCUCAGAAGAGACGAGAUGAUUAUAUGGCAAGAUUGAGUGGCAGUCCAGCGUGAAAAAUUAGAGUUUAUAGCAAGCCAGAGUAUAAGGCAAGCCAGAAUGAAUGGCAACCCAGAGUGUAAGGCAAACCGGGUGUAAGACAAGCCAGGUGUGGAGCAAACUGAAGUGUUAGGUAGGCUAGAGUGUAUGGUAAGCCAGCGUGUAUGGCAAAUCGGGUGUAUAACAAGCCAGAAUGUAACGUGAUCCAGUGAAUGUGACGUGUGUGUGUUAAGAUAGCGUGUAUAGGAGGCCACGGUGGAGCACAGUGAAGAGGUACCCAAGAAGUACUUGGCUACAGAGGGCGUCAAGCCACGCAUGUGUGUAUGUGUGUGGCUUUAGUCGGGGAGUUCAUCAAACCGCCUAAGAGUGUGGCUAAAGGCGGAGAAUUCGUCAAGGCAUCCAUGUGUGUGGCUUUAGCUUGUGAGUUCGUCAAGCCACCCGGGGAGUUUGUCAAGCCAUCUCAGAAGACUACAUAAACCAGCGAAAGUGGGACUCCUUGGUGUGUUCGUGGCCAGUGAGGGGCCGCGCCUGGUCAGGUGAAUCAACACAAGUCAAGACGGCGCGGGAUCACCAGUAUGUGUAGUGACGUAACCUCUACCUUCAUUUGGCUCUUAAUUGAAAAAAAAAUAAAAUAAAAUAAAAAAUAAGUAAGGUGUCUAAAUUAGAUGUAUUGUUAAGUCAUAGGUGACGUGGAGGUUGUGAUCCCAAGAGUUGUGCAGUGUGUAAGAUAUGGCAAUAAAUAACUCGAUGAGAAACGUGUUGAUCAGACCUUAUUUGAUGAAUUAAUAGAACAGUGGAGCCUUAGAAGCAGCAAAAUUGGGCAAUUUUUAAUGGUGGGUUUGUCGGUGAGUCCGCCCCCCCCCCCCCCCAGCAGUAUUGAUGCAAGUAUCGUGCGUAGCUGUGGCCCUCGACAUCGCAGGUCAGCAUCUCCCUAGCCUCUUCUCCCGCUAAAACAAAUGAGCAUCGUAAUCCCCAAACGAGAAUAUUAACAAUGUUUAGAUCGUUGUCGCUCAAACCUUUCGUCCAUGUCAUUCAAGUUGAUAAUGGAGAGUUUAAACUUCUGAUACAUACAAAUUGAUACUACUUGGUAUUUAAAUACAAUAUUCGUAACUUGAUCUUCUCUCAAACUGCCGCCUGCGAAGCCGUUGGUCACUGUAGGUUCUAGUGUAAAGUAAUUACUGUAGUUCUGUAGCGGCGACGCCAACGUGAUAAAACCUAGGAUUUACCAGCUUUGUGCGCCUACAAGCCAUUCCGCCAGACAGUCAGCCAAGCAGCCAGCCAGCGCCGCCUUCCGUGUCUGUUAAACUUUGCUAUUCGCACCAUCACCAGCCAGUGUGCUCGUCGCAUGGGACACUCGCCACUGGCCUCAACAAGCUCAGUGUCACUUCAUAAAAUUAAGACAAAAAUAAGAAAUUACUGUUAUUAUUAUUAUUAUUAUUAUUAUUAUUAU